UAUGUCAAUAAUAUUUUGUGUUCCUGUUUUGUUGAACUAAAUCGGAAUGAAGAUAUUUAUUUGAAUUCAAUUCAUCAUUAAUAAAGUAAUUAGUAUAAUACCUAGCUUAUUAUAUGUACAAAUAUGUCACAAACACAGCAGCAGCUAUUAAAUGAAAAUAGUAAAUAUAUUCUAGACUUGUUUUCUGAACAAACCGUUGAUUCACAAAGCUUGGAUUCCAUAUGUGCUCAAGUACAGAAGAGAUUUCCAAAAUCGGAACAUUUUAAUUUGUGCCUCCUCCUCUCAUCCCUCAUCACCGGCGGAGACCUGUCGCUCCCCGGACAGCGUGUGGUAGCCCUUGCACUCCUGUUCGACGUCUACAAGUUAGACAACCCAUUCAGUCCGUUGUUCCUGUACUUGCUUGAAGGGAAACCUGGGUUGUUGCCAUUGCUGCCGCAAGAGCGACUGUUUAUAGGACAAUUGCAUGGAUUCUUGCCUAUUAAUGUUAAGGAUGUGAUGAAGAAGUCGGCCAAGCAGGUGAUGCUAACAGAAAUGACUCCCAAAGACCUGGAGUAUGACUACAGCCCGUUGCAAGCAGUAGUCGCAGAGCGGGUGUCGGAAAUGAGCUCCAUGGCCCGAGCAACAGCUCCAGCGUUGAUUCCUCUUAGUGAUGGGAGCCCACCAAACAGGAUGGCAAUGAAGGAGCUGCUGGAAGCUCUGAUGGGCAACGACUACAUGCCGCUGCAUCGCACGCUGAAGGCAGCCGGGCCCAUCCCUCCGCCUAGCUUCUUGAUCGACUCCGAUAUACCUUUUGCUGAUGAGGCAGUAUGGAAGAACCUGGUGAACCGCGGUGCGUACAUACCUUUAUACGAUACGGAUUGCGAUGGAUUAACCGGCCUCAAACCUGAGAGGGAACGGAGACACAACCAGACUGCUAGCAGUAAGCAAGAAGAAAAGAAAGAGAAGCAGCAAGAAGAGAAGAAGUCCGAAGAGAAAGAGCCAGUGAGCGUAGUGAGCGAGGCUAAGGAACUGACUCAGUUGUCACUGAAGGCGGCUCUCAGUGUACCGCAACAACAGAGAUUGUUGGCUUUGCUGGAUCUACAUCCGGACACUGUGUAUGAGAUUGGAUUGACUCCACAACAGCUCCCAGACUUGGUAGAAAAUAAUCCGAUGGUAGCAAUUUCUGUGCUCCUCAAACUGAUCCACUCGCAGCACAUCACGGAGUACUUCAGUGUGCUCGUCAACAUGGAGAUGUCGCUGCAUUCUAUGGAAGUUGUCAAUAGGUUAUCGACAUCAGUGGAUCUGCCAGUAGACUUUGUCCAUUUAUACAUCAGCAACUGCAUAUCUACCUGUGAGACUAUCAGAGACAGGUACAUGCAGAAUCGGCUGGUGCGACUAGUGUGUGUGUUCCUGCAAUCGCUCAUCAGGAACAAGAUCAUCAAUGUAAAGGAGCUAUUCAUAGAAGUGGAAGCGUUCUGUAUAGAGUUCAGCCGCAUCCGAGAGGCGGCGGCCCUGUUCCGGCUGCUGAAGCAGCUGGACUCGGGCGAGGCCCACAAGGACGGCAAGGAGAACUGACCUCGACCUCUGCGGGGGCGCGGGGGCGCGGGGCUCGAGACCAAACCUAUAUACACGGCGGACGAGCGUAAAUAAGAUAGAUUUCAUACAAGCCGGCCUAAUACAAUUUUACAAUAGGCUAGUUGACAAAUUUUUGCCUUGAUUACUAUUCGAAGGCCCUUAUAUUAUUAGAAAAUCCUGACAGGGUCGCCAUGUGUUGUUGGGCGAUAAGUAGUGUUGAGAUGAUACUGAAUGUUUAUUACAGAUUAAACACUCUUAUAUGUAUGACUUAACCUACACUACACACCAGUGAAAAAACUUAACUUACUGUGAUAAUUGCAAUACUUUCAAAAAUAUGUCAAAAAUAAAAUCAACUCAUUUUUGGACUCAUCCAAACGCUCCAUACUAAAUGAUAUGUAAGAGUGACGUCACAACGUGCUAAAAUGUUCGCUGAGAAAGCUAUAUUUGUUCGACAGCUACAUUACAUAUUACGUUUAUGGAAUGGCUUCGUAAUAAAAGUUGUUACAACAUCUUUGUUUUUUUUACGAUGGUUAAAUAUAUUUUUCUAAUUUCAUAUUUUUUGAAAAUGGACUUAACUUGGAUAAAUGGAUUUAACUUUCCAACCAACUGGUUGGAAACAACCAGUUGGUUGGAAAGUUAAAUCUUCAUAUUUCGAUCCAGCUGCAUUGUAACAGUGUAUGAAUUAUCAUAAUGAUCUUAAAUAUAUCUAUAUCAUCUAGUUUAUAUAUUUAUUUACCUCUGACCUUGUCAACUACCCUAUUGGUAGAUUGGGCCGGACACGUGAUGAGUUGUAAAAUAUGUCAGCGCUCUGUCUCGUUUCUUCUCAUGUAUGUCUAAUAAGCUCAUCUCUUUUUUAUAUGAGCGAAAUGGAAAUGACGGGGUCUAUAGCUUUCUCUGUCUACAGGCGGGUUAAUCUAACUGCCGCAGGUUAAUCGAACUUGAUAAUAGAAGAUGGCUAGAUGUGACAGUAGGGCUUACAAGGCCCCCUCCUGGACUAUAAUAGUCAUUUUAUUUCAGGUAAUAAAAUAGGAACAGUAUAAAACCCUAAUAUUUAAGCUAGUGUAUACGUCUUUAAUAAAAAACGACCUAUAUAGGUACUAUGGCCUUCCAAAAUGUAUUCAACUUACGUAAGCACUUGCCGAAGUGUACAAAUGCUCCUCUGAUUAACUAUAGUUUUAGUUUUACAUUGUUACCUAUUUAGGAUAGACUUAAUUUAGGUAUCUCUCCGCCAGUAGGUUACAAUUUUACAAACUUUUAUGUAUGACUAGUAAUAAUAGCAUUAUUUAGAUUUGUGUUUUAUUUUGAAAAUCCUAAAUGAUAUGUUGUUUAGCCUUGUCAAAAUACAUAAUAUAUAAAAAAGUAAAAAGAUUUCACUUGACACGUGUAAAGUAGAAAUGUUUUUUACCAACAAAACUGUGAUGUAUGAAUAAUAUUCGUAUGUUUUGUGAGUUCUACUCACUCACCUCGCGAUAUGUAAGUUUAGGUAAUUUUUACCAUUGAAUAAAUAAAUUUUUCGCCUAUUA